CUCUGCAGCACCACACCACUGACUGGGUCGUACGCGACGGCCAUCCCAUCACGGCAAAGUCUCUGUCAAGAUGCAUCGAGACAGUGGGACGAAAGCUGUCUACAAGAGCUGCGAUACCAACACGUCUGUCUAAGGGCACGGAAAAAGCACACGGCCAUCUAUCAGUCCGGCCAUCCAUCAGGAGCGAUAGACUGCCUGGCAGUAUUGGGAGGCUAAUUCAUGGCAUGAGUGACCGACCACUCCCUCAACUGCCAGGACACGCCAUCAGUCAGCCCAGCCAGGUAGCUAUAUACUAUCAGAAGUCGUCGUCGUCUUCGGCAAAGUCUCGGUCCCGUUUCCACUGAAGCGUAAGGAACAAGAGCAAACAGCCAGCCGGAUCGGACCCCCUCUCCCGCUGCGCAUCCAUCGAGCCGCAUCCCUCGUUCACUGGUACCUACCUUGACGCCUGACGUGUUCUUCUGAGUGGUCUCCUGCACCUUCUGAGCCAGGGAGGGAGGGAGGGAGGGGUUGUGCUCUGCUGUGCUGUGUUCCCGCAGUGUCGUUGCUGGCUGACCUCUAGGAGACCGAUGAGCGCAUCCUCGCUGACCUUGCCCGCUAAACGGCCGGACUGGGCCAUCUGCACACACACACACACACACACACACACCACAGUGUGAGUGUCUGGGUGUCUUGAUUAUUCACUUACCGAGAGUAUUGUGUUCUCAACCUGCCUGGCCUUGUCAGGCUUCACUAACGCUAUCCUGUUCACUGCAAAGCACCAUGGCGACACAGGCACACACACACGCAGGCAGUGAGGCGUGUGUGGAUGCACGCGUACGUCGUUCUGCUGCGUCAGGUUCGAGCACCGCCCUCAGAAUCACUCGCCGCCGCUCCUCGGCCUCCCUGCGAGCAACAUAUGAUGUCACGCAUCCAUCCAUCUCUACGUCUUGACCUAUCCGCCUACUCCCUCUGCUGCUGCUGCUGCUGCUGCUGCUGGUGGUCAGCCCUCUGCAAGCAUGAUACAGACAAAACCACAACCACAACCGACACAGAUGACCCAUCUCUUGUAGAGCAUUUGAAAGUCUGUCUGUCUGUCUGUCUGUCUGUCCUGCACUCACUGCUUCCCUGACCUGUUGUUGGUGCUGCAUCUGCUGCAUCUGCGCCAGCCGCUGCUUCCGGAUGGUGUCCACCUCAUCACCCAUCCCGACAGACGAAAGUGAUGAUAUACUCAAGGCAAGGCACACUCAACUCCAAGAAGCAACAAACAGACAGGGGGACAG